AGCGCGCCAUACCGCCGCCCCGGACCUCUGCUUUUUCCCUGCCGCCGGCCACGCGUUCCCGCACGCUCGCGCCUUCCCCCUCGGCACAGCGAACGCCGGAGGAUUGGGGCGGCGAUUUUACCGUUUUCUUCUUUAGUUAAAAUUAUUUCCUUCUGCCUGUUUUCGGAUCUUUUCAAAAAUAUUAUUUCUUACAAUCGUUCUUGGUCGACUGAGACAGACCUUCCGGAGACGUCUGCGUGAGGCUUGCUGAGCCCGCCGCAGGCAGCCUCGAGGGCCUGUGCACCGCCAAGGACAAAAGGAGCUCAGCCCUGCCAGCCUGCCGAGCCUGAUGCACAGCAUGAAGAAGACCGAAAUGGGAAGGUUCAAUAUUUCCCCGGAUGAGGACAGCAGUAGCUACAGUUCCAACAGCGACUUCAACUACGCCUACCCUACGAAGCAAGCUGCUCUGAAAAGCCAUUAUGCAGAUGUAGAUCCUGAAAACCAGAACUUUCUGCUUGAAUCGAAUUUGGGGAAGAAGAAGUAUGAAACAGACUUUCAUCCAGGUACUACUUCCUUUGGAAUGUCAGUAUUUAAUCUGAGCAAUGCGAUUGUGGGCAGUGGAAUCCUUGGGCUUUCUUAUGCCAUGGCUAAUACUGGAAUUGCUCUUUUUAUAAUUCUCUUGACGUUUGUGUCAAUAUUUUCCUUAUAUUCUGUUCACCUCCUUUUGAAGACUGCCAAUGAAGGAGGGUCUUUAUUAUAUGAACAGUUGGGGCAUAAAGCAUUUGGACUGGUUGGAAAGCUGGCAGCCUCUGGGUCAAUUACCAUGCAGAACAUUGGAGCUAUGUCAAGCUACCUCUUCAUAGUGAAAUAUGAGUUACCUUUGGUGAUCCAGGCUUUAAUGAACAUUGAAGAUACAACUGGAUUGUGGUAUCUGAAUGGUGAUUAUUUGGUUCUGCUGGUGUCACUGGUACUCAUUCUUCCUUUGUCGCUGCUGAGAAAUUUAGGAUAUUUGGGAUACACCAGUGGCCUUUCCUUGUUGUGUAUGGUGUUCUUUCUGAUUGUGGUGAUUUGCAAGAAAUUUCAGAUUCCUUGUCCUAUGGAAGUUGCUUUGAUACUGAAUGAAACAAUGAAUGGCACUUUAAUACACCCAACAUCAUCUGUAUCCCAAGGGGCUUUUAACGCAACUGCAGUUGACUCUUGCAGACCACACUAUUUUAUCUUCAACUCAAAGACUGUCUAUGCUGUACCGAUUCUGACAUUUUCAUUUGUCUGUCAUCCUGCCAUUCUGCCCAUCUACGAAGAGCUGAAGGACCGCAGCCGAAGAAGAAUGAUGAAUGUGUCCAAGAUUUCAUUUUUUGCUAUGUUUCUGAUGUAUCUGCUUGCUGCUCUUUUUGGAUACUUGACUUUUUACGGACAUGUUGAGUCUGAAUUGCUUCAUACCUACUCUUCUGUUGUGGGAACAGAUAUCAUUCUUCUCAUUGUCCGUUUGGCUGUGCUAGUGGCUGUCACCCUCACUGUACCAGUAGUUAUUUUCCCAAUCCGGAGUUCUGUAACUCAUCUGUUGUGUGCAGCAAAAGAUUUCAGUUGGUGGCGUCACAGUCUCAUUACAGUAUCUAUCUUGGCAUUUACCAACCUGCUUGUCAUCUUUGUCCCAACUAUUAGGGAUAUUUUCGGUUUCAUUGGUGCAUCUGCGGCUGCUAUGUUGAUUUUUAUUCUCCCAUCUGCCUUCUAUAUCAAGUUGGUGAAGAAAGAACCAAUGAAAUCUGUGCAAAAGAUAGGGGCUCUGCUUUUCCUGCUGAGUGGCAUUGUGGUGAUGAUUGGAAGCAUGGCCUUGAUUGUUUUGGAUUGGGUACACAAUGCCUCUGGAGGUGGCCAUUAAUUGGCACCGCUCAAACUCUUAAUAGUCCAUCCGAUGAUGCCGGUGUUGAGUCGACUCUCAACUGCUAUGAAAUUUCACCUAAUGUUUUCAGUUUCACUUCCUUUUGAGAUGUAAAUUCCUCGCUGGUUCUUCUGAAUGCAGAAUAAGUGAACUUUUUUUUUCCUUUUUUUUUUUUUUUUAAACUUAUCUGUGCAUUAGGAACGGAUAUUAACAACAAAACCACGAGACUUGGGUUAAGGGAAGUGACAAUUUUAUUCCAUUCCAGAGAAUGGAUGAACUUUUAUCAAGCCACAUGUUUGGCUGUUGUCAUUGUUUAACUUAGAUAUUUUAUGAUUUUACUUGAAUGUGCCUAAUGGAACCAUUCGAUGUGAGAAACAAUUCUUCUUAAUUUACAGCAAAGUAUUGAAAUAACCAUUGAGGAAAACACUAUUUUUUUUUUUGUACCAAAAAUACUUAAUGACCUCAGAUGUACUAUUUUACUUUUAAGAAAUGGCUUUUUUUGGAUUUUAACCAGAAACAGUUGUCAGUUCCAAAAAGUAAUUUCAUUGGUAUUUAAAAAUAAAUAUUAACAUUAUGUAAUGAUUUGCCUUUUUUGUAGGCAUUAUAAGCCAAAUACUUUUUUACCCAAAGUAAUUUUUAGAGAAAACACUUGUACCAUGAAUUAGGAACAGUUUUUUUUGUUGUUGUUAUUCCAUUUAAAACUUCACUGUACUUCAAGGAUAAUUGAGUACUUAUUGCUACACCAAAUCAGAUGAAGUCUUUUCAUCCAGACAAAAGUGUUUUGGUCUUCAACCUUAAUAGAAUGGAAAAUAAUGCAGAUAUUUCUAUGGGAAAUAACUAAUUUUGAGGUACCAAAUAGUGCAAUUGGGUAAAAUAGGGCUUAUUCAGUUGCAUCUGUCUCCGGAGCUGAUGGACAGUUCUGGGUCUUUUUGGGCCAGCCCUUUUUAGACAUUGCUUCCAGCAGUGAGAAAUGGGUAUUUGGAUGGCAGUAGGCCAAAACCAUUCUAUCCAGAGAAGUACAGUUUUUCAAAAUGCUCAUCUACUGGAAGUGUGAUUUACUUGACAAUGUAUGACUUAGUCGAAUUCAUGUUUUGUCUACAGUAGAGGUCUAAUCCACAUGUUACACCGAUACCUGGUAUAAGUUCUCUUCAUAUAAGCCAAUGGGUUUUUCAUGCAGUAAGCUUUUUAAAGAACUUUUGCACUGAAUUGUCAUCUCAUUCUUAUACAAUGUAGAAUUACUUGUUUACAUCCAACAGAUGAUAAGCUAAGGAGAACAGUGCAACCUGAUUGUAGUUUUGGUCCAGCUGCAUGUUUACCUUUCCAUUUCAAUUCCAGUUAAAAGUGGCAAAAUUACUUUGAAACUUGGCUUUAAGAGCACAUUAUUGUACUUUACGGUGUAUGGUGAAUAUAUUAUUAAGUAAUGUGGUACUUUGCCCAUCCGGCAUACUGUCAAAUCUAAUGUAAUUCCAUUAAGUGGUUGAGGGAAACAAAUCAUCAGUUAUCUGGCUCUAAGGUUUUCUCUUGAAUGAAACAUUUUUAGUGUGAAGCAAGGGCCAGCAAUGUGGCAGACAAGGUUUUUGUUACACAUUCUUGUAUUAUAUGUGACUAAAUUUAUAUACAAGAUGUGUCUGUAAUUAAAGGCCCUUACAGAACUGGAAGACGUCUUGUAGUGCUUACCUUGGGUGAAACCAAUGGUCCUUUCUUGUUUUUACGAAGAUAAAAUUCUUGGGACCAUCUAGAAAUAAAAAGGCAGUGAGAAGACAUUCUACAGCACUGCUUUCAUUUAAUUGGGCUUUGGACACUCCAUUCGAAUCCAGAACCUUACCUCUAAUUCAGACCAAGAAUUGGCUCUUCUGUAUGCGUUCCUAGGAAAAGUUGCUGAUACUACACCUAAAGACCUGCCGGGAAUUGCAAGUAAAGAGUUGUUUUCUACAGUUCACAUCCUUUGUGAAGUACUUGGCAACCUGGAAUGGAAACAAGAAACCUUUUUCAUACGUAGCAAGUCAAUGUGGAGAGGCUGCCCUUAAUCCUUUGGUUACCUGAGGUUUAAAAUCAGCUCCUAGGAUAAAUUCCAUCAUGUAUUCUUGGAGUUAUCUUGUCUGUUAUAGGUUCCUAAACAGUGAAUUCCGAUUAAUGAGCAGUCUUCAGUAUUAAAACCACUGUCUUGUCACCUCAUUUUGCAUUACUGUCUUCCGUGGAUGUUUCAGUUAUAAACUAAUGUUAUUUAUAGAACAGCAUUAACCCAUUAAAGCUAACCUAUUUUUCAAUAUUUAUGAUAAUCUGUGUACAUAAAAUGUCUGUCCAUAUGUAUUUGUAAAUAGGUUGUACAUAUCAGGAUUGGGUGUUGGGGUUCAAGUGUAUAUAUUCCUGUAAGUUUCUUAACUGCAUUUUGACGAAUUCACAUUAUAUGUAAGUCACAAAAGUACCUGUACAGAGAAUUCAAUAUAAAAUUGACAUUAUGUACAAAUACUGAACAUUUAAAAUAUUUGUUAAAAUUGUAUUUGUAAUAAACUGGUUAGACAGCAAAUUUUUUCAUGAGAACUUGGUACAAGUUCAAAUCUCUUAAAUUUUGAAUAAGGUCCAAAUUUUCAAAAUGCAGUCAUUACCAAAAUGUGAUUAGUAUAUUGAGAGACCUUUUGAGAAGCUGGCUGUGUUAACUUGGUGUAUAUAGUGUACAUGCCCCACUGUACUGUUAGAGGCCAACAAUUCCAGUAUGGUUUGUUGGCAAGGAGUGCUACACCGUUUCAAUGAAACAAUGUAUGUUUGUUUUAACUGAACUAAAAUAAAUAUAUGCUUAAUCCUGA